UGAAAAACCAAAACAACAAAACAUUUUUCAAACAAAAUUCUAAUUAAAUUAAGCGUUCAUUUGGUUAUCGUUUACAUAUCAACACGUGUUAUAUAUAUCAUAAGCCUAUCAUCACUCACGAGUGUAUUGCUUACCACCGAUUGGCCAUCAAUUUCAGCUAAACAGUCAUGUCGGACAACGAUCUGCGAGACAACGUGUCGUCCAAUGGAUCCACAAACGGAUCUAACGGUGACUACGAGUUCGUCAACGACUCGGACGUGUCGUCCAGUGGUAACGGUUCCAAUGGAUCCAAUGGUGGCGGUAAUGGGGGUCGAUAUGCCGGUGCGCCCAUACAGGUGGUGACGGUGUCCGCGGACCGCAAGUUUGAGUUGGAUUUGGAGGCCCUGUCAGCCAUACUAUUGCGGGACUCCAUUAGAGACAAACCCGUGGUUGUGGUCAGCAUUGCCGGCGACUUCCGCAAAGGCAAGUCGUUUAUGUUGAACUUCUUCCUGCGAUACCUGCAGUCCGGGUGCGGAACUACAUCUGAUUGGUUAGGACCCACCGAAACGCCACUGAAAGGUUUCUCAUGGAGGGGCGGUUCGGAACGGGACACGACAGGCAUACUGAUGUGGUCGGAGCCCUUCCUCAUCCGACUGGACAACGGCCAAGAGGUGGCCAUUGUGUUGAUGGACACUCAGGGGGCCUUCGACUCCGAGUAUACGGUCAGAGACUCCGCCACUGUCUUCGCCCUGUCGACGAUGACCUCUUCCAUACAGGUGUUUAAUUUGAUGCAUAACCUCCAGGAGGACAACCUCCAGGUGCUCGAGAUAUUCACCGAAUACGGGCGACUGGCGCUCGAGGCCACCGACGAGAAACCCUUCCAAAAGCUGGUGUUUCUGAUCAGGGACUGGAGUUUUCCGUAUGAACACCCGUACGGUCUGACCGGUGGACAGGGAUUGCUAGAGAAGAAGUUAGCCAUUAAGGAGAACCAACCGACGCAACUGCAACGCGUGCGCCGGCACAUCAGGUCCUGUUUCAGUGAUAUCAACUGCUUUCUGAUGCCACACCCGGGCGGCAAAGUGGCCACUAAUCCCCGGUUUGAUGGCCGCGUGUCGGACAUCGACAGCGAGUUUAUCGAUUACCUCAAGACGUUUGUACCGUUGAUGUUAGACCCGAAGAAUGUGGUGGUGAAGGAGAUCGGCGGCCGACAGGUGACCGGCAAACAGCUGAUGGAGUACUUCAAAGUCUACAUCAAUGUCUUCGCCGGCGAGACAAUGCCGGAGCCGAAGUCGAUGUUAGAGGCGACCGCCGAGGCUAACAAUCUGACGGCAGUGGCGGCCGUGAAGGACGGGUACGUGUCGUCGAUGGAGGAGUUGUGCGGCGGAGAGAAGCCAUUCAUAAACCCGAAGACACUGGAGCUGAGACACAAUGAGCUGAGACAGGAGGCCAUGAAUAUGUUCGACAAAAUACCCAAAAUGGGGGGCAAAGAGUUCAGUGAGUCCUAUAGGGAGCAGCUGGUCAUGGAGUUGGACCAGGCGUUCGAGCACUUCGACGCCCAGAAUAAGAGCAAAAAUAUGUUCAAUAUAUUUGGUACACCAAUGGUGUUGUUGGUGGGAUGUGUGGUACUGUUUAUAGUGUCGCGAUUCUGUGAGAUACUGGGCCUCUCGCCCAUCGCGAACCUGGCGUUCAUCACCGGAACCCUAGACUUGGGACUAUUGAUAGCGUACCUGUUCUUCCGAUAUAGCGGUAACUAUCCGGAUGUCAUCCAAUUCAUUGACUUCUACUCGGAGAUCAUAUGGCGUUUCGUUAUGGAUUUCUUUUUCAAAAUAAUGCAGAGCGCUGUGGAAAAUCGCAUUCAGGGAACGGGAGGUAACAGAACGGCUACGAACACGACGAGCACGAGAUCUUCGGGCCUGACGCCGACCACCAGUUUCUCGACGCAUCCCCUGAGCUCUGAAAGCAUAAGGCGUUCCCCGAGUAAUAAGAAGUUGCGAUAA